AUGGCUUGGUAUUGCUCUGCUAAUAGCAAUGAAGAUCUCGUGAAAAACUUGAAAGCGGCCAAAAUUUUUACAUCAGAGGCGGUUGAGAGGGCCAUGAAAGCUGUUGAUAGAAAAAAUUAUGUAUCACAGUGUCCAUAUAAAGACACUCCUCAGCCAUUGGGUUUCGGUGCCACUAUUUCUGCACCUCAUAUGCAUGCUUACGCUCUUCAAUAUUUGGAACCUUUCCUGAAGCCCGGUAUGAAAGUUUUGGACGUCGGAUGUGGAUCCGGCUAUUUAACAGCUUGUUUCUCAGAAAUGGUUGGACCGGAGGGGAAAGUUGUUGGUAUUGAACAUAUUCAGGAACUUGUUGACAUGUCGAGAAGGAAUAUUCAAAAAGAUCGACCGGGAUUUUUGGAAUCUAAAAGAAUCGUAUUGGUUCAUGGAGAUGGAAGGAAGGGUUUUCCGGAGGAGUCACCUUAUGACUGCAUCCAUGUUGGUGCCGCCGCAGAAAAAGAACCUAAAGCACUGAUUGAUCAAUUGAAAGCACCUGGACGGUUGUUCGUUCCAGUGGGAGUUCAAUCUCAGUCUAUUUAUCAGAUCGACAAGGACGAAAAUGGGAAAAUUACACGGAAAGAAUUGAUGGGAGUCAUGUAUGUACCUCUUACUGAUGCCGAUAAACAAAUUUGA